CGUGGAGUCUUGUUUGAUUAAUUAGCGCCUCGUGAAGACGUUAGUUCAUUAGAAUAAAGAGUGACGAAACAGUUAGCAUAAGUAAAUUUUCGUCAGUGUUUUUUAAUUUUUUUUUUCGAAUAGGAUUUAUAUCUAUCUCUGAGGACAAAGGCAAGAGUUUACUAAGAUAAUUCCUUGCGGUAUAUUCAGAGACAUGGGCCCGCUGCGAGGAUUAGUAUUCUGGGCACUAAUUGUGUUAGGGGCUUGUGCUACCCCUAAAAAACUCAUCAAGGACCGCAUGUCGCAAGAACACUGCAAACAAAAGAUCGCUGGGAUGAAGUCUAAUGCCCAGUCAGGGCCUUCCAUUGAUGUCAAUCCAACAUGUGAUAUCGGCAAAGUCUCGUACAUGUACUCACGUGGUCAGCUCCAGCUCUCGUUCUGGCGAGACUCUCCAUUCCAGAUCUGCUUGGUUGAAUUAAAACGCUUCGAAAUUGUGCGAUCUACAGACAACAAUAAUCAGCAACUGGAGCAAAUCCCAGACGGGGAAAACGUUUGCUUCCAAAAUAGAAAUGCUAACGGUGGAACUGUGUACAUUGUCCUGAAGCCGAGAGGUUUUACCUAUAUAUCCGAAAUUUACUAUGAAAUCCAAAGACUGCACCUAACGGACGAUUCAUCCGUCAAUCUCAACCCACGAGGACAGUUGUCUGUGAGCACUUCACCAAGUCCUCCAACUCCAAGAACCCACCACCCACAAUUUGACAUCAUCACACCAGUUCCAAACGUUCACGAUUUACGCAUGCGUCGUCCUGAGAGUUUACGACGUCCGGUUCAGACACCAUUACCGUUGUCAAGACAGUGGUUCUUAAGACAGCUUCCCUUGAAUAGAAACAGAGCAGCAGAAAAUACGUGGAGACCAACACUGAAUACGAUACCAGUAGAGAAUGUGCGGGCACCAGCUGAGAAUACAUGGAGAUCACUUGAGAAUACGCGGAGACAAGCAGAGAAUACAUGGAGGCCUGCAGAGAAUUCGUGGAGACAAGCAGAGAAUACGUGGAGGCCUGCAGAGAAUUCGUGGAGACAAGCAGAGAAUUCAUUGAGACAAGCAGAGAAUACGUGGAGACAAGCAGAGAAUACGUGGAGUCCAAGACCUUGGCAAAGGGAAAAUAUGCGAUUUUUAAGACAACAAAGACCCCAAACGAAUUUUAGACAAUUGAGGAAUUCAAAUUUUGUCAUAUGAUUAAAAAGAACAAACACAUUGAAUAAAGUCACCUAUGUUGAGUGUUAAAUGUAUAAUAAAAAUCACAAAAAUGUCCAUAAAUGCAUGUAUUCAUUUUUUGUUAAUUUUAUGUAAAUCCAAGGAUUUUUUUUUUUACAAAAUGCUGGAUACAAAUCGACGCAUUUAGAAUAGGUUAUUUGGACGGCAUAGUCGAUAUGUCUGUUACUUUGUUGCUGCAUUCUAAAAAAUAGAUUU